AUGCCCUUCCCAUUCGUGAUCUCCACUACAUCUAAUAUCUCAUUCCAAUCCAGCCUCGCCUCAUCCACCCAUCCCUCCCUCCCCAGCUCAGCAACAUCUCAACGCGCUAUCCUCCGCGCUGCAUUGAAAAGCCACAAGAGACUUUCUCCGUCUGACCAGGCAAAUAACCUAUUAGCACUAGCCUCCGCCAUUCAAAAUUACCUACGCUACCUUCUGACUCUGGAUCUUGCACUGUCUGGCAAACCUAUUGCUGGCGAGGAAGUCGACAUCACAUUGGCGAAAGAGCCCGAGAUCGAAUGGCGACCUACACUCAGUUCGAGUCCCAUUCCUGGCCGUGAGAAUGAACGUGUCAAAGGCAAAGGACUCGAUUAUGAAAUUUUCUUCGUCCAUCAUACUUUAGCCCUGGUCCAGAAUUUAAUUGCCCGACACUCGCUACUGGGAUUAUACGCGUCCGUCAAUCCGACGGCAGAACAACGGACGGCAUUGAUCCAGAAUGCCACCAAAGCUUUGAAGACGGCAUAUUCUAUACAUUCUUAUCUCCUUCUAAGGACGAAUUCCUCCAGUGAAGGUCCACCUACGUUUCCUCCAAGUGCAGUGGAUGUAUCUAUGGCGGUCCAGUCGGCUUUACAACAUUUAACACAUGCAGAGUUUAAUCUGCUGUGUGUUUUGAAAGAUGAUCCUUACCCAGCUGUACUGAUCCAGUCCAGGAACAAAGACGAUCGAGAAUGGAUGAUUAAAGCUCCUCAGAUUCCCCGGGUUCGUGCUCAAGUGUUGACUCGACUGUGUAUCGGGGCGGCGGAUCACGCGUCUGUUGCUGCGGUUGCGUUGAAAUCAGAAGGAGCGAAGGUUUCAAAAGACUUGUUGGAAUAUUGCGAUGGCAUUCGGCGCGCCGCACGUGCCAAGGCCUGCCGGUUUCAAGCACUCGAUGAGGAUUUCUCUGGAUUCACGGGGAAGGGCAUCGCCUGGUUGCGGGCCGCGAUGAAUGAACUCGGACUUGAAGUGGGCAAAGAUGGCUCCAAGUCAUCCGGCAUGGGGAAAUUGAAGGUUUCGUGGAUGGAACGAAGAGAAGAUAAGAGAAUUGAGAAGGGAAGUGCCAACUGGGGUCUGGACGGGGGCAAGCUUGAAGAAGGUCGGAUUGUGGAGUAUCUUGACCAGAAAAUGAACAAGGAGAACGACACGAUCAAUGUCCAGUUGAUUCCGGAAUGGAAACCGCUGUUGGCGAUGCUGCCAAGUGGGAUGAAUAUGCCGAUUGACGAAAAAUGGAAGUCGAACCUUUUGGAAGAGGAUGAAUUGGCGGCGAUGCGAGCUCCACCUGAAGAUGACAACUUAGGAGAUGGGAUUAGCACGGACGAAGAAGACGGGAAUGGAAAGCAGCCGGUAGGGGCUUUCCCGGGGACACACCGGGAUUAUGGUAGAGAUGGAGCAAGUUAUUAUUGA